AUGCCAUCCACGGAAGAGUCGGAGAGCGGCUCCGACAAAACCAGCAGCACUGAGGUGACGCUAGAAAUCCCGGAGACUGUCAAGACCACUGAGACCUAUGCUCUAAGUGUUGGGGUUUAUCGAUUUCGAGCAGUGUGGGGGUCAGUGGGCUUGGCUGCUGCAUUGCUUGGAGUGAUGCAGAUCUUUGCGAACAAUGGGGUCCAGGUGGGGUCUUUUCGGUCCGUGGAUUUGGAUCCUGACGGCCAAAAGGAGCUUCUGGACACGUACAACGGGCGGUUGGCCAGUCUGACCUCGACGGUCAUGAAGCCACUCGACAUCUUUCUGAGUAUGUUGGUCGCUGUUGUGUUCCUGUGUCUAAAGACGAAGUGGAGCGUUCAUUUCGAAAGUCGGCGGCAAUUCGUGGUGGUAGCGAUCAUCGGCUUGGUGGGCUACUUGCUGGACUACGGGUUCAACUCGUUGAAUCUGCAGGUGGUUCCGGGGGAUAUCCAACCGAGGAUUAUGCCAGAUGAUCUCGCUUUGCAAACUAUCGUGGACGUCGCUCAAGAACUUAGCGUCGAUGGCUUCUUGGUUACAACCAAGGACGCUAAGUUCCGAGAAGAUUCGCCCGACAACAGUCUACUUAACACCAUAAUGCGCAACUUGAUCAUCGCUCCCGAAGAGGUUCCAACGUGGUGCAAUGACUUUGACGCCUACUCGAGCCCGCAUAAGAAUGUCAUGGCCAGCUACGGCUUCCCAGCUCGCCCAUGGCAGCAGUACGCUCUGUCGAAAGCCUUAGAACCCACCGGGUCUGGAAGCUUUCCUAUGACGACUGCAGCAGUGGAUCUUCCACCAGACCGAAACCUCCCCAUGGAUGAAUCCGUAGCUACCAACUUGGCGGUGUACGCUCUGCUUGUAAGCAACAGCUUCCUCGGGUGGUGGAGAGGUGACAACCAGGCAUGGACAUUUAGUACUGCCGUCCACAGCACUGGGACUCUUUCGCUGGCCGAACACUUCAACUUGACAACCCGCUCUUCGUCCGAUGCAACUUUCCUUAGCAACGCGCACAAGGUUAUCGUCGACUACUUCAGCAGAGCCGAGAACGCCAACACGACAGAUGAGCUCGCGAGAAUUGAAUUUUCUCGAGUUAAUCUCUCCGAAAUGAUCGUGUUUGACGCACUGACCAUUGACAUCCCGACGCGGAAGUUCGGCAAGCAGGAGGAUAAUUCCUCAGCCUCGAACCCGUUUUACGAGCCUGUGAGCGACUAUCGGUGCAACACGCAAGCUUGUGUUCUGGAAAAGCACUGGGCAUCUGUCUGA